AUGAAGACCAGAUCGACGUUGUUCAUCCAUGCCACCGUCAUCACGGUCGACGCUCAACAAACCAUUUGGCUGGACGGUGCCGUCCUCGUCAACGCGGACCGGAUUGUGGCCAUCGACAAGAGCUCCGAACUUUUGGGGAAAAUUCCUUCCGACGUCGAGAUCGUCGACCUUUCUGGGCGUAUUAUACUGCCCGGUCUGAUCAACACUCACGCUCAUCUGGGACAGUCGCUUCUUAGAGGGUUGGCCGAGGACGUUUCGUUGCAUUCCUGGCUGUGCGAUAAGAUUUGGCCUCUCGAAGCGAACUAUGAAGGCGAGGAUGGUUAUGUUGCAGCGAGACUGACCAUCGCCGAGAUGUUGAGGAGUGGCACGACCUGUUUUUUGGAAGCCAUGUUGACCCACGGAAGUGGGGUUGAUAAUGUUGUUCGUGCGGUGGAAGAAAUGGGUAUAAGGGGUUGUUUGGCCAAACUGGUCAAAGUGGAAACAACAAGUUUACUAGUAGACGCCAGAGAUAAAGAUGUUUCCAGCAUGUCUAUCGAAAGUGCCCUGGCCGCACACAACAGAUAUCAUGAGUCCUGUGGUGGACGAAUUCGCGUUUGGAUGGCUGCCGGCACCCCUAGAGGGUCGGGUGAAGCGUCCUACAAAGCUAUCGGAGACGCAUGUGCCGAACACAACAUCUCCUUAACCAUGCAUUGCGCGGAAGCACCGGCGGACCUUGGGAUUUAUCGCGACAGCUACAAAUGUUCUCCUGUCGAGUUCUGUGAGCGCACCAACCUGAUCGGCGGCGAGGGCGAAACCCGAAAAACCGUGUUGGCUCACAUGGUGAACUUGGAUUUGGAAAAGGAUGUGCCUAUUUUGCAACGACAUCAACGACAAGGGCAAACCUCAAAAAACAACCAUGAACGUGACGAUGCGCCUUCAGUGUCCGUCGCUCACAACCCCAGCUGCAACUGCAAGAUCGCAUCGGGUAUCGCCCCCGUUCCAGAACUGUUGGAUGCUGGUAUCAACGUCAGCCUGGGCACCGACGGUGGUCCCUGUGCCAACACGUACGACAUGAUUCAGGAGAUGCGAAUGGCGGCUCUGAUCCAAAAGGGCACUCGAAAAAACGCCUCGCUCAUGGAGGCGGAGCGACUUAUCCAAAUGGCCACCAUCGACGGUGCAAGAGCGUUGGGUCUCGAAAAGGAAGUGGGAAGUCUGGAGGUGGGUAAAAAAGCAGACUUCAUCGUGCUAGACCCCUCGGGCUUGCAGUGUUGUCCCUUCGAUCCCGACCAGAUCCUGGAAGGCGGAGUCGAUCCUUUGACGACCGUUGUCUACUCUUGCACGGGAGCCGAUGUCAAGACUGUGCUGGUCGACGGCCAGAUCGUGGUGGACGGCGGCAAACUCGUCGUGGCAGACGAACGUCAGAUCAAGGAGGCCGCGCGGAAAGUUAUCCGACGCAUUCGCGAAAAGUCGGGAGUAGGCAAAUCGAAGCCACAGAGAAAGUAUCUUUGA